CUUCUUGGCUCGCAUCUCCACCCUUCCUCCCUCUCCUCCCUCCCCUCCUCCUCCUCCUCCGCGUACCUGGCCGCCGCAGACAUGAUUAUCCUCGAGUACCAGAACAAGAUCAUCGAAGAGACCUUCAGGGAGCAUCUGUCGAGCGAAGACUCGGAACAGCUGGACCGUCUCAGCCUCAGCUUUGCCGACUUUGACGGCGUCACCUACCUCCUGACUCGGCUGAAGGAGUCCAAGUCGGUGCUGACCCUCUCGAUGUCGAUGCAAUGCUUCCGAGAGCUGCUGAGCUACGGCGCCGAAAACGUCCUUGCGCGAGCCUAUGGAAAGUAUCUUGUCAACCCCGAGUCUGGAUACGAUAUCACCCUCAAGUUUGACGCCCAGCUCAUGUCGCCCGAGGAGAAAGACCAGGUCUUGAAGAGUGCACCUCUCUUGAAGCGCAACGUCCUGGCUGCCCCCUUCGAGGUUGCUUUCGAUGCCCAGACUCGAGGCGAGGAAACCCCGCUGAUGCAGAUCAACUACCGUGAUGAGGAGGCCAUCUACAUCAAGGGCUCUCCCGACCGCGUCACUGUGGUCUUCUCGACGGUCUUCAAGGAGGAGACGGACAAGAUCUUUGGCAAGGUCUUCCUCCAGGAAUUCGUCGAUGCACGCCGUCAGCCCUCGACCCAGAAUGCGCCCCAGGUUCUGUACAGCGCACGCGCUCCUCCGCUCGAGAUCCGCGAUGUGCCCGGCCUGCGCGACUCUGACGACAUCGGCUAUGUUACCUUCGUCCUCUUCCCCCGCCAUUUUGCCAGCAAUGUGCGCGAGGAGACCAUCUCUCGCAUCCAGAUCUUCCGCGACUAUCUGCACUACCACAUCAAGUGCUCCAAGUCGUACAUGCACUCGAGACUCCGUACCCGAGUCGACUCGUUCCUCAAGGUCCUGAACCGGGCCAAGCCCGAAAAGCCCGAGGACCAGAAGGAGAAGAAGACCAUCAGUGGUCGAACCUUCCGCCGUGCCGCAUAAGGUCGACGCCUGUUUGGGAUCGUGUGUCGACCAGCUCCUCUUCUUUUUGACCAGCUUUUCCGGACGAUUCUGGCGGUGUCAAUCCGGGAAGGACCAGCCUUUGACUUUCCAGUCGGGUCGGCACUGCGCCAGCGAAAUACACCGCUGCCGUGGAAUCCAUCACCGGGCUUUGGAUAUCGCCCACCGCUUCUGCCCCGCGGUGGAUUUUGAUCUUUCGCUGGGGCGUCUGCUCCAAGCGGCGGCGAGAUGCUGGGGAAGAUUGCCAGACGGCAUUG